AUGUCUCGUGGAAUAACAGUUAAAACAGCGCUUUGUUUAAUUCCACCUGAAAAUGUUUGGGAUCAAAUUCAAUCAAUUCGAUCAAUACAUGAUAAAGCAUAUCCACGAUGGAUGCCACAUAUUAAUCUUAUAUAUCCAUUUAUACCUGAAUCUGAAUUUGCCAAUAUGAAAAUUAAAUUAGAUUCAAUUUUAAAUUCAGAAGAACCAUUUGAAAUUGAAUUUGAUCAAUCAUCAUUUCAGUAUUUUACACAAAAACGUGGUGAAUGUACAUUUCAUUUACGACCUAAACAAACUGAAGAUGUUAUUGAACUUUAUAAAAAAAUAGAAAAAGUUUUACCAAACUAUCUUCUCAAGGAUCGUCCAUUUGAAGCUCAUCUUACACUUGGUCAAACAACAACAUCGAGAAUAUCAGAUAUUUUUAUUGAAAUGAAAGCAAAAUGGAAAACAAUUACAUUUACAGUUGAUCGUAUUUGCAUGAUAAGUCGAGAAAAUGAUCCAAAUGAUUUAUUUUCAAUUAAAAAUCAAGUUCUAUUAGGUGAUUCAAUAGAAGAACAUGAUGAUAAUACAUGUCAUUCAAAUGAUGUAUGUAGUAAACCAACAAUUCUUCCAUCUUUAUCUACAAAAAAUUAUCUAUGCAU